GAUUUGAGUAACAUAUGAUAAAAUAGAUGAACUUUUCUAUAUUGUAACAUCCCCAAUUUCAACUCCCCCUUUUCUUCUUCAACGAAAUCAUGGCUGUUUCUCGUCCAUCCUUGGAUUAUUGGCCAAUAUUGCCGGAGAUUUUCAUCAGAGCGUCAACAAAGUCCAUCAAAAUCCCAACCCCACAUCUCCAAUUCACAAAUCUACAAAACCCAUCAAAUUCUAGAUACCCAAUUCUCCGAUGCUCCCUCGAUUCUUCGAAAACCCCCUCCGGGCCGCCGCCGUUGGUUGUGGUCGGCUCGGCCAAUGCCGAUAUCUAUGUGGAGAUCGACCGGUUGCCGGAGGAGGGCGAGACGAUAUCUGCCAGAAAUGGGCAGACUCUGGCGGGUGGCAAGGGGGCCAAUCAGGCCUGCUGUGGUGGCAAGCUCGAGUACCCGACUUACUUUUUGGGUCAGGUCGGUGAGGAUGCUCAUGGGAAGUUGAUCACGGCGGCGCUUGAGGAAGGCGGCGUCCGACUUGAUCAUUUGACUACUGUUGCCGCGGCGCCAACGGGACACGCGGUGGUGAUGCUUCAAUCUGGUGGGCAGAAUUCUAUCAUCAUUGUUGGUGGUGCUAAUAUGAAUUGUUGGCCUGUGGCGUUGUCUGAUAGUGAUUUGGAGAUUAUAAGAACGGCUGGAAUUGUUCUUCUCCAGAGGGAGAUUCCUGAUUCAGUCAACAUCCAAGUUGCAAAGGCUGCCAGGAAUGCUGGGGUCCCAGUAAUUUUAGAUGCUGGAGGAGUUGACGCUCCUAUCCCACAGGACCUGCUUGACCAUGUCGAUAUUUUCAGUCCAAAUGAAAGCGAGCUGAGUCGUUUAACGGGAUGCCCAACCGAAAGUUUUGAACAGAUCGGACAAGCUGUAGAGAAGUGCUAUAAAAUGGGUAUCAAGCAAGUUCUCGUGAAACUUGGGGCCAAAGGGUCUGCUUUGUUUACACAAGGGGAAGAACCAAUCAGACAGCCCAUUAUAUCUGCUGCUAAAGUAAUUGAUACCACCGGCGCUGGCGACACCUUUACUGCAUCAUUUGCCGUGGCGCUGGUGGAAGGAAAGUCGAAGAAGGAAAGCCUGAAAUUUGCGGCUGCUGCAGCCUCACUUUGUGUUCAAGUGAAGGGAGCCAUUCCCAGCAUGCCUGACAGGGAAUCAGUGCUGAAUCUCCUCCAUUCAAGGGACUAGAGAGAGACGAGACGAGACGAGACGACAGAAGUCGAGAGAGAGAGAGAGAUUGUUCGAGAGGCUUGAAGAAUAUGUUCAUGGAGCUAUCACAACGGGACUCUUUCUAAUAACACCAUUAGAUACAAAUUUAAAAUCGGCACGAUCUUAAUUAAUAAUUCUCGAGCAUUGAUUUAAAAUAUUUUCAUAAUUUCUCUCGCAUGUAUAACUUUUUUUUAACACAACAUAGAAA